AUGGAAGGCUCAACAUUUGAAUCCCCUUCCUUCCUGGGAAAUCGUUUAAUCUCCUACCUUCAGACCCUAACGACGGCUAAGAAGGGAUUGCCAUUUGGUCUUCCUGUUUGCGUGUCUCCUUCCCACACCAUCACUACCACAGAUGCUCUGCUACAACUAGCAUCGUCCGUUGGCCCACACAUUGCAAUUCUCCAGAUCCACGCGGAUAUUAUUGACGACUGGUCCGACGAGACAGCUCGCCAAUUGACCUCCUUAGCCAAGAAACAUGGAUUUUUGUUGUGGGAGUCUGGCCGCAUUCUCAAUGCUACCGUCGAUAUUGUUGGCAGACAGAAAACCGAGUCAAGAGAAGUGAAGAAUCAGCUAGUGGACUUGAUCCGGAAGAAAUACACGAAAGGUGUCAUAAAGGAAGCUUCGUGGGCUGUUUUGGGAACUGCAUGGGCCUCAGGAGUGGCAGUGGGUAACCAGGAGGCUGAUAUCUUGAUCCCGACCCUAAAAGCUGCCGCUCGAGAGGCUGUGGCGGACGCGGUGCAGACCAUCAAGACAGAAAUUACAGCCAAUAACCCAAGUGAACGCCCAUCCACUGGCCAUGAAUCAAUAGCUUUCGGGGAUAAUGAUGCUACUUCACAUCUUUCUGAAUACGCGGUUUGCGACACCAGCGGUCUAGCACUUCCGCCCCGAAAAGCCUCGACUAUAUCUCUUACCCAGACGAUCACACAGCAUACGGAGGAUGUAAUAGAAUCGCCUACGGACUCUGGAGUUUAUGAACGGAAGGAAAGCUUUCAAAGCGCAGCCUCAAGUCUAUUUGUUAUCAGUGAAGAUAUUCCGCCUCCACCUCUUCUGGCACGUGGCCUUGUCCUGUGUCUGCCGUCCAGUACCGAUUCCUCUUUUAAGUCCGAUUACAGAAAGAGUUGUUUGGCAGCAGCACGCGCGAAUCAAGAUUUUGUGAUUGGAUUUAUAUGCGGUGAGCUAUGGCAUCUUGUUUCUCAGAGAAACGAUAUAUUCGACACCGAGUCUCUGGUGCACGAAGAAGACCAACAACAACCUAGUCCCUAUGCUUCAGAUGAGGAGGAGCCUCGGCCGUGCCUGGCGCUAUUCUCGCAUGUUCCCCCAAGGCUCAACCUUAUAGGGAACGCUAAUCUUGAAGAUCAUGACGAGGAAAAUGGAAUGGAUGAGAUGAGCUGCUCUGCGAUGAAGGCAUCCCAGGCAGACACCACGAAUCUACCGUCCAUGAAGCUUUUCUACAGUAUAGCACAUGCACUAAAGCUUCGAGAAGCGUCCACCAAGGACAAGCAAAACGGGUAUACCGGCACAAGUAACCAGAAUGAAUACGAGAUCCUGCACAUCCCUGUUGUAUCUUUGCCUUAG